AUGUACUUCACCAAGAUCAUCCUUGCUCUCGUCCUCGCGGCUGGCGCCUCUGCAGCGGCAAUCACGCCCCGCCAGGACCAAGCUGCCUGUGAUCAGGGGCGCGCCGGGGUAGUCAACGGCCUGAAAGAAAUCAACACGUCUUCGGCACAGAUCCAGGACGCAACGGUGAAGCAGGCAGUGCAGGCCGGCUUGCAGCAAUCCGCUGGCGGUGUGCAGCAGAUCGGACAGGCCAUCAAAGCCGGCCAGGCGCCCCCUGCGGCUGGCCGUGAUCAGGUCCAGGCUGGCUUCGAGGCCAUGAACGCGGCUAUAAUUGGUGCUAAUGCGGCGGAUCCUGCCGUGGCUAGCACCCAGGCAUCUCUGAACGCUGCCAUCGCCGCUGGAGUUCAGGUUGUCCAAAACUGUGCGGCUUGA